CAAGCACCUACAUUCUUGAACUCACUUCACCUGGCUUUUCACAUAACACCCAGCCUUCGUUCUCGCAUCUGCACCAUCCCUUCUGACCGUUGCCUCCUCUGUCACUCCUUCCACCCCUCUGUCUGGCUUGCUGUUCCCUGCCUGGGUAUUCUGAUCUCUUACUCUUCCUAACGUGGAAGUCAAUCGUCCCCGAAAUUCAUUCUUCACCAGCAACCAUGGCGUCGUCCCUUUCGAUUGCUUCCUCGACGCGAGUGUUUUCUGUACAAGCAGUCACAGCCGGCCGUGUCCAAAGGCGCGUUCAGAUUACUUGCAGUUUUCAACCGAGGAAGGCGAAUCGUCCUGCGGCUUCUUCAGGAAACGCCCACCAUCUCUCUCCGUUUUACGCUGAGAAGUCGAAACCCACGGAGGAGGAUGUGGACCGUGCCUACUGGACUGAUGACGACGUCUCUCCAGUCCUUCUCCAGGAUGACGAAACCACGUGGCAGGACAGCAACUAUGUGGAUCUGACAAUGCGUUCUUAUAAGAUUGUACGGGAGGAGACUCAGCAUGCCCUCCAGAGCCACUUCUUGCAGCAGCAGAAGCACGAAGCAGCUAACACAGCGCAGUCCCACCAUAUGUGUUGUGCGCCAACCCCGUCGCACACCUUCUGUUGUGGCGAGGAUGACAAAGUUGCUCAAGAGGUCUCUCCUGCCUGUGUUCACGGAGGUGACGUGUUCUACGGGACCAGCCACUGAACUGAGUACCUGCAUGGGCUGGUUGAGGAAGUGAAUGGUUUUAGAGGUAGAACAACAACGCUAUCAACCUGUUUAGGCUUCCUCCAUGUGCAUAUGUUCCGCGGAUUUUGGUUCGGAUCUGCAAUGCAAAUAAUGUAUUGUUAGGUCAGUUGCAGUCUGUAUUUGCCUUCGUAAUGACGACAACCUUGUAGCGACGGAGUGCA